AGUGAUGAGAGAGGAGAGAAAGUCGUUAAAUGCGGAAGUUUGAAGAAGUUAGUUUCCUCAGAAUCAUCGUGAAGAAGUUUGAAGACGUUUGCAGAAGUUUGAUGAGACGAGAGUGAAGUUUGUUUCCUGAUCCAACGAACUCUCUGUUGUGUCUUCGCGGCGUCAUGGCGUCUGAAGUGUACACGCCCACGACGGCGCCGAACCCCAAGACCUCGUGGCUCCAGGUCCCGUCGGAGCGGCUGGACGCUCGCCGCUUCGUGGUCAAAGUCUGUGAAGUGAUCUUCUCCUUCGUGGCCUUCAUCCUGGAGGAGGUGGUCAGCAGCUGCUCCAGCUGCUUCGCCCUCUACUUCUUUGAGUUUGUCAGCUGCACGGCGUUCCUCUUCACGCUGCUGCUGCUCGUGCUGCUCGCCACCGCCCUGCACGCCAGGGUGGGCGUCACCUGCUGGCGCGACCUGGACUUCUGGUACACCUCCCUCAUCGCCCUCCUGUUUUUCGUCUCCUCCAUCAUUUUUGCGGUGAACAACAACGGAACGGAUCUGGAGAAAAGUUCUGUGGCGUUUGGCUUCCUGGCGAUGUCGGCGUUCCUCGUGGACCUCCUCCUCUUUUAUAAAACCAGCGGACUUCCUUUUCAGAAGUCCGGAGGCGACCCCCCCGCGGAGGGGGGGGCUCAGCUGGAGACGGAGAAACUCAACUCUGUCGUCAACACAACAGAAUGAGUUUCAAUGUGUGUUUAAUGAGCUGAUUUUACACACGACUCCUUUAAUGUGGCGGCAGGUCGACUUCACGUUUUUCUGAAAUAAAUUCAAAUCCAGUUUUUAGUCGUUCUACAAUUGGAUCAAACUUCCAAUAACCCAGGACUCUCAGUGCAGAGUUAGACCAGGAAGAACCACUAAAUGUUCUGCUUUACAGCCAAUCUGUCAUAAAACUGAACGUUUUCAACUCUAGUUGAACUGUUUGUAUAAAAGUUCAUAUGAAACUUUCUCGUCACACAAGGAAAAAUAUUUCAAAUGAACCAUUUAGAGAAGAAAAGGUCGACUGGUUGUUUUAUUUCCGUGAACGUCUCCUGAUGAUUUAGAGAAAAGACGUUUUUCAACCUGUUACCGGAGUGUCCAGCAGAGGGAGCUGUUUGUCCUCAGGCUUCUGCAAUUCACUGACUAAUCAAGAUCAGCCAAUCAGUUCAGUUCAAUUUUAUUAGCACCAAAUCAUAAUCAACAUUAUCUCAAGGCUCUUUACACAGAAGGUCAAACUCCCUGUGCCGUCGGAAACACGCCAAACGGAGCAGGAAACAGGAAGUGAGUCACGUAUCAGUUUUAAUCUCGCUGCUGUAACUGAAACGUUGAAAAAUGAAAAAAUUAAAUGAAGCAGCUGAAGUGACAUCGCACUCGAGGUUCUUCACGUGUCGACUCACGAACCUACGGAAGAAAAUCUGUCACAAAACUCAGAAUUUAAAAGUUUAAACUCAUUUUGAUUUGGUUUGAGUCGUCCACAGAUCUCGUCUAUUUCUAAUUUCACCUUCGUACGUAUAAAGGUUUUUCUUUAUUUUAAAUGUUUAAUAUUUUUAACUUGUUUGAGAGAUUUUUUUUGUCUUUUCUUCUUCUUGUUACUGAUUUUUAUUGUCUUAAAAACUGUUUUCUCUUUUUAUGAAGGAAAUGUUGAUGUUUUGUCGCAAAUAUAAUUCAUUUCUAUAUAUGAAUCGUACGAGGACUCCAGCUGUUUGUCCUCCGUCUGAAUUUGACCGAUUUAAACUUUGGUUGUUUGGCUUCAGUCGGAUGUUGAUGUGAAAUGUUCUGUUUUACUGUCUGUUGAUUUCUCAGAGUCUGAAUGAAGGAAUGAAUGUUUGACAAAUUGAUUUAGUCUGAAUUUUCCAGAACAGAGUUUUGUUUGUUUCCAGGUGGAAAGUUUCAAAAGGAUUUGCAGAAAACUUUUUUUCUCAAGAUUGUUAGUGAAAUCUCACUUUGAACAUUUUGGGUGAAGGACCAAUGAACGACUCGAAUCAGCCUAAAGACAUUUUACACUUUUAGACACAACAAAAAAAAAGUCUUACUUCGUAUUUUAACUUUUAUGCCCAGAUAUGAAAGUGGACUGCAACUGAAAACCACCAGUGAAGUUUUAACAAGUGUUUGUCUUUGCAUUCCUUCAAGUGGUCACAGAUUUCUUCUUGUUUUUUACUUUUAGUUAAAUUCCAGAAUUUCAGAAAACAGAAUUGAAAUUUUACUAAAGUCAAAAUUAACUUUUAAUCAGACGUCUUAAGAUGAUUAAUUCAGGGUUUAAUUGAUGGAGCAGGAAAUCUGAGGUGUGACACUAAUUAUAUUGUUCAUAUUUUACCUUUGACUCUGUAUAUUUACUGGAACCAAUCAAUGACAACUGUAAAAUAAAACGUUGAAUAUACUGGACACUUCUUAAAAAUAUUGUUUUCUAUUUCAGUCAGACAAUCGUCAGAAAAGUUGUUUAUAUUUCAACAUGAUUCAUGUUCACGACCAAACCAAGUUCACUUUGGAAGAGAGCAAAAAUGUUUUUAUAAUUUGUACAGAAAGUCUACAAUUUCUAUGAUCAGUAUUUUUCUGUGGUGUAAUAAACAGAUUUUAAAAGAA